AUGCAGAGAAUUGCAGAGGAUUUGGAGGGAAGAGAUGACGGAAAAGCCAAGGAGGCGCCUAAAUCGAAGCUCCAAACCAGGAGGGGCCUCUCGGUACUUGCGCAGGUGCUCAAGCUGCUACGCUGGUGCUGGUACAGGGUACUGCGGGAGUGGGCAGGCAUUGGGUACCGGGUACCUGUGCACCCAGCAAGCAGCCAUGCCCUCAUGGGGCAGAGCUGCAAGGCGCUCCGGGCGGUGCAUGCGCUGUGGACUGGCCUGGCUGCUGCAUGGCAUCAGAGCGCAGGGCGAGGCGAUGUGCCCCUGGACUCUGCUGCAGGUAGCAGCUACAAGCGCAUCUUGUACACCGCAGCGCUGUGCUUGCUUUCGGGACAAGCGCCGCCACCAUCGCUAGCAGGAACCGGUACCUUGACGAAUGCAGAUGGACGCGCUCCGGUACAUGAUAUCUACUCGCAAAAGCUCAAGACUUCUGUGCAAACAGGGAGGGCGCCAGAACUUGCCCAAAGCGUCGUCCCUGGCAAGCCUAAGCUUUUCUGCACUGUAUCUGAUACAGCACCUAAUCAAGCAUCCCUGCCCUCUAAUACUGCUAAACUUGGGGGGAAGAGCACACAAGACCCUCCCAUGGGCUCUGCUGCCCGCUGUGCUGUGCACACAGUGGAUGCCGCUACAGGGCCGCGUCGACAGCACAGUGUCGCAUCAGCAGCCCCUGAUGGGUGGAGAUGA